AUGAAACCAGCUAAACUGCAAGAUCAUCUGAGAAGAUGCCACUCUGAUAAAACAGAGAAAAGUUUGAAAUACUUUCAAACACUCAAAGAUAAAUUUCAGAAGAGAUCUACACUGGACAGAAUGUUCGCUUCGACGUCACAAAGAAAUGAUGAUGGUUUGCGGGCAUCUUACAAUAUCUCGUUACUUAUAGGAAAAUCCGGAAAACCGCAUACUAUCGGAGAGAAGUUACUUUUGCCAGCCGUUGAAGAGGUUUUAAAAACUGUUUUACACAAACCUGCAUCUGAUAUCAUUAAAAGAGUUCCCUUAAGCAACAACACUGUUGAAAGACGUAUUGAUGAAAUGAGUUCUGAUAUUGAAAGCUUCUUAUGCACCGAUGGAUGGGCAGCCGAUGGAAGGGAAACGUUGGAAGGAAAAGGAAAACAUUCGUUGCGUGACUUCCUCCUCAUAGAUCUAACAAAGGAGAACUAA